CAGGUGUAUAUAAAGAGCCAGCAACCUCACGAUUUUACAGCAUUCCUCAUUCAACAACCUUGACGGUUUCUUCUUCUCUAUACAUUCUGAUUGACAACUUUGCUUACCUUUUCUCCAAAUUCAUUAACCUCCUUUCAAUCUUCACCUUCGUCAUCACCCAUUCCAAAAUGCAACUCAUCAACUUGGCCGCUAUCGCCCUUACCGCGGGCUCAACCGCUUUCGCCGCGCCACUCAAUGCCCGUGCCGCUGCUGUUGACCAGCUUGUUGGUUUCGGUGCAGGCACCACUGGAGGCGGUUCUGGUUCUGGAACUACCGUGAACUCCUGCUCCACCUUCGAGGCUGCUUUGAAGAAUGGCGGCGUUAUCAAAGUCAACGGAAAGAUCAGCGGCUGCGGAAUCCUCAAGGUUCUGAGCAACACCUCUAUUCUUGGUGUUGGUAGCAGCUCUGGAUUCUCCGGAACUGGACUUCGCCUCAAGGAUGUCUCCAACGUCAUCAUCCGUAACUUGGAGUUUAACACUGCCCCUUCAAAGGGAGAUAUCAUUGACAUCGAGUCAUCUACCAAGGUCUGGCUCGACCACUGCGACAUCCACUCCAAGGGACUUGUCGGCGGCAAGGACGACUACGAUGGUCUUUUCGACGCCAAGCACGGAUCUGAUUUCAUCACUGUCUCCUGGACCAAGUUCCACGACCACUGGAAGGGGUCCCUCAUCGGCCACUCCGACAAGCAGACUUCCGAUGCCGGCAAGCUCCACAUCACCUACCACCACAACUCCUUCAUUAACGUGAACUCGCGCCUCCCCUCCGUCCGCUUUGGCGCCGCCCACGUCUACAGCAGCUGCUACCAGAACAACCCUACCUCCGGCGUCAACUCCCGCAUGGGCGCCAAGGUCCUCGUCGAGCAGAACAACUUCUCCAACACCCCGCUCUCCGUUGUCACCGACCUCGAUUCCGCAGAGGAGGGCUUCGCCACCGAGCGCAACAACAUCUUCUCUGGAACUUCUACCACCAGGAUCACCAAGACUGGAGCCCCUACUAUCUCCUACUCCUACACUGCCGAUCCCGCUGCCAGCGUUUGCGACAUCGUUGCCAAGUCUGGCGGUGUCGGUGUUGUUACUUUCUAAGCUGCUCUUUGUCAUCAUCAUUGGAUGUUGUGCGAG